GAAAAUCGACGUCGUUUGAUUGACCAAGGAGUUGCUCUUAGUCGAAAACAUGGUGUUUCAGAACGUGUUCAUUACCUUCAUUGCGAUUUAAAGGAACUCUAUCCUGUUAAGAAUGAAAGUGUUGAUCUUUUGCACGUUUGUCGUUUUUUACAUCGACCAUCAUUGCAAAACCUCUUAAAGCUACCCCGUAAAGAAGGGAAGGGUUAUCUUAUUUACUCCCAUUUUUUAGACGGCUGUCAGAGGACGAGGGUGGGACACCCAUCGACGGUUGCCGGUUUUUUUCUCCGGGGCGAGUUACGCCAACUACUAGAGAGUACCGGGUACAUGAUUUUAACGGAACGCGAAAACGUCUUGCCGGACGGAAGGCCGUUGGUAAACAUAUUCGCGCGAAGGAUGGAAUGA